CUUCCAGUUGUCUGUGUCCAACUCGGCCGUAGAAUGUCGCGAUUUCUGUUGCUCGUUUGUGCAGUGGGCCUUUUGGUUGGUGUAUUCGCAAAACCUCAUUCAGAAACGAGGGUGAGUAAUGCUCAGAGAUUUUAUUCUUCAAACACACUGAGACAGAGCAGAGAAGAGGUGGAACAUUUCGCAGAUGACCCAAGUCGACAUGAUGUGAAUUUCGAUCAUGCCGCCUUUCUGGGCAGUGAGACUGCCAAGGAAUACUCCAAACUCACACCGGAGCAAAGCAGGGAGAAGUUGAAGGAGAUCAUACGAAAAAUUGAUAAGGACGCAGAUGGAAGGGUCACGGAGAAAGAGAUGAGGGAGUGGAUUGCCUACGUGGCUAAAGUUGGACAACAGCAGGUGACAGAAAAACGCUGGUCGGAAGUCAACCAACAAGGACUGAAUCCCUUGCCGUGGGAAGUGUAUGUCGAAGCUUCUUAUGGAAAAGAGGAAGAUCGUUUGAAAGACGUGGAGACUGCAGAUGCGUAUAGAAGGGUGGUAAAGCAAGACAAACGACGUUGGGAUGCCGCGGAUUUGGACAAGGACAACGCGCUCACGAAAGAUGAGUUUGCCGACUUCCUCAAUCCGGAAGACAAGGCACACAUGCGUGAUGCUGUGAUUGACGAACUCUUGGAAGCGGUUGAUACCGACCGAAAUGGACAGGUUUCCGAAAAAGAAUAUCUUGAUGAUCUUGCUCGGGCUUACCAGACCCCAUUGGUUGAUGGGGAGCCGGAACCGGACUGGGUGGCAAGAGAGCGGGAUCAAUAUCAGAAACACCGGGAUAUCGACCACAACGGUUUCAUGGAUCGCACUGAAGUUGGUGAAUGGGUGAUGCCAACUGGUUACGAUCCAGUCGAGGCGGAAACGCAACAUUUAUUCUAUCAUGCAGACGUUGACAAGGAUGACGUCCUCACUCCGGAAGAAAUCCUGGACAAGCAAGAUCUAUUUGUAAGCAGUCAGGCUACCAACUACGGCACUGUAUUGGACAAUCAUGAGGAACUGUGAAAGGUCCCAGCUUGAGGAUUUCCCUCGUGCUUUCAAAAAUUCUGCUCCCCUCUCCAUAUUCAUCUGUGUUAUGAUAAAACGAAUCGAACAAUAUUAUUG